UUACUUUGUCUAAUACCUUUUUUAUAUGUAUAGUUAAUUUUAAUCUGAAGUGGUUUCCAAGGAAUGCUGUGACGCUUCAUCGGCCGAAGUGACCUCCGAGCAGGCCAGCGAGUGAGUCAGACGAGGCCAACAGCAGCACGCGUUGUGCUCUUUACAUUGACCUUCGCCGUCUGAUAGUAAUGAAAGCAAGGCCAAACACACACACGCGCGCGCGCGCGCUCGGCCACCAAUAUGCGGUCCAGCUCGGCAGCUCAAGGUUGGACCGUAAUCCCACAACCCCUCCCCCCACAAAAAUCCGGUCCCAGACCGUGACAGCUCGCAAAUACAACGCGUGACCGACAUCACGCCAAAUCCUGCAUGUCCAAAAUCGUAGCAGCUCGGAAAUCCCGCAUAGCUAAACUCGUUUGCUGUUUGAAUUAAAUGUCACACUUUAUUGUCCGUUUAUCACAUGUGGGUAGUGAUAAAUUAUAGUUGGCCUUACUUAGCUCACCUUCGAAGGAGAGCCAUGUUUUUCUAUUCACACUUCUCUCAAAUGCAUGUAUUUGACUGUUUUAAAUGUGACAUUUUAAAUGACUCGUUUUGGUCAUUUAGAGCCUAAAAAAAAAAAGAAAAUAGCAAAAUUCCACAUUGAAUUAUUUGUUGCUGUCUAUUUGCCGAUAAUAAACUUUUUAAAAAAUGAUUCCAAUGCAUGCAAGAGGCGUACGUAGUUCUGUAUUAUGAAGGUUAGCACAGGGUCGCACGAAUUGGGGGGGGGGGGGGGGGGGAGCGCUGCGUAGUCGGUCUUAGUUUUAAUUUCAAUUAAAAAGCAGACAUUUAACCAUCUGCCAACAAUGCUGUUUUAGUUUUAAGUGCAUAAAAAUACAAUUGAGUGAGAUUUAUUUGUUAUUUUUUCCAAGUGCAACUUCAUUUUCAAAUUAAAUGUGAAACAUCAAACAAAUCUGCCGCGGGUGAGUACAACAAAGUCUUUUCUAUUUUCUUUUCAACAUUCGGCGGUUUCCAAAUGUUACCAACGUCCAAUUGAAUGUUCGCCACAACUGAGAAGGAAGAUCAGGUGAGAAAAAUUCACAGUACAGGCCUAUUUUCUAUAUACAUUUAAACCCAAUGUUUACCGUUUAUUUUAUUUCGGCCUGAUUCGUGAUUGAUUUAUUAUUAUUAUUUUUAUUUUUACCCCCCCGACGACCCCCCCACCCCCAAACUAAAGUGUAAUCUCUGCAGUCUAUUCUGUCUUGAAAUGCGUUUUACUGCACACAUGUAAAGCAGGCGUGUGAAUACAAUCAGCUUGCACAUGCUUCGUAUUUCAUUUAUUGUGGCACUAAAAUCCGCUUUAUUUCCUUCUGUCCGGGUCCAUUGUCCCCCGAAACGCAGUGCCCAGGCCAAGCCGCCAUUGUGGACCUCCUCCACUGGCUCGUCCGGAGAUGCUCCCGUUGACCGUGGAGUUGCUCACUUUCCCCAGCGAGGCUCCUGUGUGGUCCCGGCACUUUUCUGUCACCUGUGGAGGGAGAAAGACAUCCGAUGCGCCUCCAAUCAGGUUCUCCUUCUCCCCCCCCCCCCCCCCCCCCCCCCUUAAACUCACCUUAAUGUCCUCGUUGUCUUUUCCGCUCCUAAACUCUGAGCUGUGAAUGUUUUUGACCCUGUUACACCCAAAUGGUUUUACACUCCCCGCGCAACUGCAGCCUGCUGUCAGCGCGGACAGCAACCGUGCAUCAUUCAAGUUCAAAAACAAGAUUUUACUCUUCAAAAGAAUGUGCAAACGUUUAUGAUUGAUGUGUGUGAAUAAGGGGAAGUAUUUAGGAAAGGAGAUUCAUUGCAAUGCAUUUCGGCUGCGCGCGUAAUGGCCCAAUGUUCUACGUUCGCUACUUUCAAACGUGUCCUUUUAGUCCUUCAACUUUUCUUCCAAAUGUGCGUCCUAACAGUGGAUACAUUGGUUCAUCUUGUAAACUUAGAGUAUUUCCCCUUUUGACUUGCAGGUGUGAUAGCUCCUUUUUUUUUGUUUUUUUUUCUUUUCUCCCCAAUCAUAAAAUGAAAACAAAACCAGGCAGCACUGAAGGACAAACUACAGGAGGUUCCUUUCUGCAAGGUCUGAAUGCGCCAAUUUAGGCUGCUUUACAGCCAGCCGGGCCUACCUGACGCGGGGUUAAACUGUACCCUCAGAUUCUUCUCACAAUGAAUUGUUGACUCGGAGUCUAACAAGACCUUAUUGCACACGGCUUUAUGUCCACUUGUUUGGCUGGGGGAUUUAAAAAUAAAAAAAGAAAAUAAAAAAAGCCCCCCCCCUCCCCCCCACCACCCUGAGUUUGCUUGAGGAACAUGUUGAAAUAGUGUUUGUUAAACUACGUGUGUGUGUGUGUGUGUGUGUGUGUGUAGACAAAGUGUCAACCUUUUUCCUAGACGCAAAUUGGGUUCACGCACUAGUUUCUUGAUCAAAAUAUGAUGAAAAUAUAAGUUUGAAAAUGUGCUUCCCUUUCAACGAUUUUUCUACGUUCAUAAUUGGAAAGUGUCGUUUUAAGGUUGGACGUUUUCCCUUAAAUGGCUUCACACAGUUUAUUUCAAAUGACGUUCAUUAGACACUAAAUCCUGUAAGAGAGUUUUUAGUGUCGCUUUCUUUGAGCUUCAAAUGUUAAGUUUGUGUUUCCCGCGGAGAAUGUCAAUGUCGUUUUCAAGAUGAGACGUUUUUCCCUCGAAAAUGGGCUCACUCGCCAGUUUUUCAAAUGAAGACACGACAAAUAUUAUAGAGUUUUCAAGUGUGUACCUUUUGUUCCAUUUAAAAUCCCACCAACCCCCCCCCCCACGCACAUUGAAAAUGGCAAAAGAAUGCACAAAUUGAAUUGCUGAAUCUGAACUUGGAAUGCCAAAUUUCCCACACAUGAAGAUUAUUGUGUGAAGUUGCAUGCUGACGUGAAGGCGCCAUCUUGUGACCUGCGCACAGCGCGUGUAAAUGCGCCAGCAAUGAAAGGAACUUCAUCUGCGUGGGCCGAGUGCGGGCCCUCCGCUCUUUGUGCCUCUUUUCCCUCCCUCGAACUUGAAGUCGACCGUUCAGACAAAGCUUUGGCUUUGAGAGCUCUCCCGGUGCCAGACUGCACUUCGCUUGCCAAAAAUCCCCCAAGAAUGAUGCUCAGGCACACUUCCCUUCAAAGGUUAAACCAAUUGAACAAGCUCGUUGUCUAGUUUUAGAUUCUCCCAAAAGCCAAUCAGUCAGUGUGAAGUUACGGCGAUUGUUGCAAUUAAGUGCAUCUUACCGUUGUUGUUGCAGCUCCUCAAGCUGCUGACUUUGGAUCCGUCGUCGGCGGCGACUUGCUGCCAUGCUUGGCCGGUUUUGUGGUGUUUGUCUGGUUGUAGGGGGGGAUAGAAAGAAAAAAAAAAAAAAAAAAAAAAGCUCAGCAGAAUAGUUUAACAGCUAUAAAAACGCAGCCUGGUCUGUGCGGAGUUCGCCUUUGCUUUCCCUGUGCUCAAUUAGAGCUUAAAAGCCUCUGCACACCUCGUAGAAUUAGUCUGGACUGAGUGAGAGGCGGAGCGUUUUAGUCUCCAAAGUUCCACAAGAUUUGUUUUGUUUGGUUCCUCUGCAUGGAGCUUAUCUUAAUAAAAUAAAAUCAAAUAACCCGCAGGGCCACACGGCUCGCCCGUGCUGCUUCCUGAUGUUUAAACCCCACGCAAGAAGCGUAUUAGUACGUGUUAUUUUUCAGCUGGUGUUCCACGUGCGCGCUCAGCAGCAAGCCGAAUGUCGGUGCGGCUGCGGGGCCCGGCCAGCCCCGGCGGUCUUAGUUCAAGAUCGAGUCUCUCAUUCGUAGCAUAUUGGAGUCAGGUUGCAGCCGCUGCGAAGCGAGCUCCGCGGUGGACUCGCAGCAGCGAAUGUGCGCGGUGACAGUGCCGCCAAAUAAUAAUCAGCAUAAAAAAAGAUGAAAUUGUCAAGUUAUGCAUUCAACUGCAUUCAAGGGUUUGGAUUUAUUUAUUUAUUUUAAAUGCCUGCAGCUAAUCACGUCGCAAAUGAUUAUAUGAAACUGCAAACAAUAAAACAAUUGUGUGGAAUUUUUCAGUUGACACGAGAUGACUUGUAAACCGCUUUCUGUGGGUGGACCUGCAGGGGAGGAGACGCGGUAAAAAUGAUUGAUGAAAGAUGUUUUUCUGCUGGAGGCAGACAUAUUUAAAAAAAUAAAUAAAUAAAUAAACAAAUACAAAAUAUGUCCGGCAAAACAUGAAGAAAUUGCCGUGCGUAAAAAGUGAAGAAGAACAGCGCGCUGCCAGAAAUGGAGCGGUUUAUUCCUCCGUGUUGGAAUCGAGUCAAAUACACUUGUAGGUCACGUAACAUUUUAAAAAGGACUAUUUUGUGUUGAAGCAUUUCAUAGCAAAUGAUUCCUUGAAAUAUCUAGUGCAUUCAUCUGCAAUGUGCCUUUUUAAAACCCCAAUAGUAUGUUUCCAAAGUUUAACUUUGGAGGGAAUUUGAUCCAUUGUAUUUCUUUUGUGGCCCCUAUUUCUUUCCACCUUGCUGUAGACAGUUGAAACAUUAGCCGCUACUUUGAACAUGACCCUGAUAACCAAAUGCGCACUGAGCCAAAUGCUCGCUGUUGUAAAAGCACCAAAUGCUGAUGACUAAGACAAUUCUAAAAGCAGACUUUGGAGAUAAGCUCGACCAUCUCCUUCCUCCCAUUCAGGUUAUAUUACGCACAAUUCUUCUUCUUGUCGUAGAUUUGGAAUCCACGGUGUCCUUUUUGCACGACUUAAAUCAGGCGAAAUGUACAGAAAGUCGAAUGUGUGGAAAGAAAUCUUGCGUAUUGGCGCAAGUAGCGCACCUGGGAGAAGUAUAUUUUGAUAUUUCGUGGCGGUGUUGCCAAUUAUCGACCAGAAAUGGCUGCAAAUGCAAACAGAGUGACGAAGGAAUGAUGGCGGUUUUCUGCUCGUCUGAUUUGUUGCAAUUUCAAAGAAUUCAUUCCGAGUCUAACACGGCGAUAAACUAUUAAUGUCAAGCUUGGCGCGCGCGCGCCCGCGCACGCGCGCACUGAAAAUCUGUCAAUUUCUGCCACGCGGUCACGUGACUCCCGCCUCCGUGGAGUGGAUGGCGAUGGCUCUCCACGUCAGCUUUACGUCUCCCAAUUUCUGCCUGGCGGGCGCCUCCGAGCCAUGUUCAAGGCGGGUGUCGAGGGAUCCGAGGCGUAGAAACCGGAGGGGGACGACGCGACGAUCCCACCAUGGAUUUUGACGAGCGGGUCCCUGUCGGCUCCAACAUGUAUUUACCCAGCUGCACAUACUACGUGUCGGCGGGGACCGACUUCUCCGCGCUGCCCUCCUUUUUGUCCCAGAAUCCGUCCACGCGGCCGGUGACCUACUCGUACUCGUCCAACCUGCCGCCGGUCCAGCCCGUCCGGGAGGUGACGUUCAGGGAGUACGCGGCCAUCGACGCGUCGACUAAAUGGCCGCACCGGGGCAAUUUGGCGCAGUGCUACCCGGGCGCGGAGGACGUCGUGCACCGGGACUGUCUGUCGGCGCAGACGGAGAUUUUCGGCAAAAGCAGCCCCGCCGCCGCCGCCGCCGCAGCGGCCGCCGCCGCCGCCGCCGCCUACCACCACCACCACCAUCACCACCACCACCACGGCGGCACCGCCGGCUCGUCCAACUUCUACGGCAACGUGGGGAGGAACGGCGUCCUGCCGCAAGCCUUUGACCAGUUCUACGAGACGGCGUACGGCACCUCGACCGAGAGCCCCUCGGCCAACGGCUACGCCGGAGACAAAACGCCCAGCAAGCAGCCCGCCUCGGCUCCGGACGACUCGGGCUCGGGCUCGGGCUCGGGCUCGGGCUCCUCCUGCCGGGACGCGGAAGCCAAGGAGCCCCGGGAGGAGACCAGCAGCCCCGAGCUGUCUUCCGGCAACAAUGAGGAGAAAUCCAGCAGCAAUGGACAGAGGACGCGCAAGAAGAGGUGCCCUUAUUCCAAGUAUCAGAUCCGAGAACUUGAGCGAGAAUUCUUUUUCAGCGUGUACAUUAACAAGGAGAAGCGUCUGCAGUUGUCUCGGAUGCUCAACCUCACCGACCGCCAAGUGAAGAUCUGGUUUCAGAACCGCCGCAUGAAGGAGAAGAAGCUGAACAGGGACCGAUUGCAAUAUUACACAUCCAACCCUCUGCUUUAGUGAGCGACGUUUUGGACUCUAUCAGGCCGCGGUUGUUGUCGUUCACCACCACAAUGGCCGCCAAAGCAACAGUGGUUGCUUUCAAGUUCGCAGACAACUGUGUUGCCCGGCGGCCUCGAAGGGCCGAAGUAGCGAGCUUCAAUGGAGACGUUUUUGCUUCAUGGACGUUUAUUCUGCUAUUCGAGCUCUUUUUUUCUUUUUUUUUCUUUUGGGAGGCGAACUGCGAGUAACCAGCGGCCACCCCACGCAAUAGUGUGUUUCACGUGCUCCUUUUUUUUGUAAUUUUCAGUUUUUGUAUUUUGUCAACAAAAUGUAAUUCGAUUUUAUUUUUUUUUUUUAAUUUUUUAUUGGUAUGAAAUUUGAAAAAAACAAAAAAAAAGACGGAAUUCAUGUUUAAUAAUUGAAUCAGUACAUACUUUGGUGUGACCAAAUAUUGUCCGAACGAAAUGAGAAUGUAACGUAAUGUUUUCUUUUUCUCUCUCUCUCUCUCUCUCUCUCUCUCUCUCUCUCUUUGUGUGUGCCUAUUUAUUUUGUAGCCACUCGUUUACUAUAUUUUAAUGUCACGGCAAAGCAAGUCAAAAUUUCUAAGCAGGUUCAUUGUAUUCCCUUUUGAGGAUGGAGUAUUUAUGUCGUUUUAAUAGCCCACAUCCACAAUGCCAUUUAGAUGAUGAUGACGAUGAUGAUAUAUAUAUAUAUUUUUUUUUUUCACGUGACUUUUUAGUCAAACAGUGCAGGCCUAACCACCAGAGACAUAAGCUCGUCCACUGGCUCCACGGGGGUUGCACUGAGGUGUACGCAGGUAGAAACACGCAGCGAGUUUCUGCUGCAAGCUACACUUUGAUCUCACUCGAUUUGUUCCGUUUUCUUCCAGGACUCGCAAACAUUUGCUUCUUGCGGUCUGACACACAAUCUGACUAUGAAGGAAAAUAGCGGAAACAAAAUUUAAAUCAAAUAAAAUACAAAUUUCAUGUAUGCUGUCAGAGCGAAAAGCUGGUCAGGGUCAACGCGUUGACUCGCCUGCUUGUUCUGCCCCAAACACAAUUGUGUAUUAUACUCGAUUUCCAAAUAAAAACUGAAAAUAUUAAAAGUGUUGUUUGAAUGCGUAUUUUGACUUGGACUGAGAAAGCAGUUUGUGGAAUUACGCACAUUGCGUGAAGCGUUUUACAAUAUAGAAAUUUAGUGCAAUAUGUAUUUUCAGUACUUUACGUUGCAGUAAGUACAGUUUGUGCUCACAUGUUUACAUACCACGCAUGCAAUUUUGGGGAGGGAAUUAUUUUAAUUGUGCUGUUCUGGAAUGCGGUAAUUUGAAUCGUUCAAAAAUAAAAUUGUUUUCAUGAGGGAUCGUAUAUGACCACUCGUGAAAACCAUUUGACGAGAAUGGUUCACAUCUUACAAAUUGUGCCAGGGUUUGUAAACAAAUGAGCACAAUUAUACCUAAUACCGUUUUGAAAACUAAUCCAGAGCUGAGCUGUGUUAGUUUUUAAGAUUAAAUAAAAGAAAAAUAGGACAAGAAAACAAAAUAGGACGCUUGCUAUGUCCCAAUCACAGUGCGGAAAAAGGGUUGCUUUGAGUUCCAGUGGUUUGUUGGCAUAAAGUUAAUGUUGCAGUGGUCUAUGAGUUUUCCAGAGUUGUGUAAUACAAAGCACAGUUUGGUACAAACAAUGUUAACCCAAAUAAGCAAUGUUCCCCAAUGAGCACCAUUUUUGUUUAAGUUAUUCGACUUUAAUGAGCAAUUUCUUAGACUGGAUAUAUUUUUUGGGUUGUUUGGA